GCCAUGUAAAGCGCCAUGCAAAUGCAAAAUGCCUCACGAAUCUUCACUGUAGAGCCUUGGUACGGUCUCCAACAGGUCAUCCAUUCGGUAGAGGCAUCUUGCAUGCGAGGAGAGAGAGUGUGGAAAAUGGCGAGCCCCGAUGGGAGAGCCAUCACGUUGGCGAACAACGGUCAUUCUCGUCGCGUGAAGGUGGUGAAGCAAGGUCGAAGCCGCAGUUUCGUGGGGCUCGUGCGCAGGUCGACGCGAAGGGCAGCGGCGGCGGCAGCAGCUUGCGCGGCGUCUCCGGCGACAAGGAUGGAUCCAAGAUUCCCUCAAUUCUGCACUCAAGGGCAAGGGUCUCAACAGGAUUCUGAUUGUCAAGAUUGGCAAUUUCAGGGUACCUACCAGGAUGCUGUUCAGUUGGACAUAGAUGAGGACUUUGUCACACCAAUUUCCAAUACCGGGGCUGAGAUUGAACAUUUGUUCCCAAGCUCGAGUGAUAGUAGAGCUCAACAGGAAAUACCUGCUCACCAAGAAGAGACUGAGGUUGAAGAAAUAACACAAUCCCAGGUACAAAAUGCAAGGGAGAAGAGAAAGGGGGUCAGCAACAGAGGAAAAUCAUUUUCAACUGAAGAAGACAAGAUUCUCUGCUCUGGUUGGCUGAAUAUUUCGAUGAUGCUGUGACAGAGUGGAAAUGGGUUCUACAGAAGAUUGCAUCAGUAUUUUGCAGAGAACUGUGGUGGGAAUUGCUCCCGAAGUCAAAAUUCAAUACAAAACAGGUGGCUCACAAUU